UAAAAGUGAUAUUUAAAAAUAUUAAAAAAAGUGAACUAACAUUAAAAAAGUUUAACAUAAAAGGUUUUUAAUAUAAUUAUCAAUAAACGUUUUUUCAAAAUAAUUUCAAAACCACCUAUAAACAUUCGUAACAAUUUUGUGAUUUGAAAGUUCCUUUGUUAUCAAUUAAGUUUUUAAAAUUUAAAUAAAAAGUUUUUGUUAAAAAUCUACCAGCAGCUUUAAUUUGUUGAAAUUAUAUUUUACAAUUGAAUCUAAAGGAUUAUUAUGUGUGUAAUUAUAAAAAUUACAACAUUUUAUUGUAAAAAUAGAAAAUAAAACAAUAAUAAAAGUAAAGAAAUAAACUUAACACAAAACUCCAGUACAAAUAUUAAAAGAAACAAAAACAAAAUGGCUACAACUAAUGUAACAGCCGGAGCAACUGCAACACCAGAAGAAACCCUGUCCAAAGAUGAAGUAGAUUUUGUUAAAGUCUCUCACAAUAACAACAACAAUCAUAAUAUUAAUAACAAUGUAAAUAAUUUAACACACAACAUCAUCAACAACAACAACAACAAAGUGCCAAAAACAACAACCAACAAUCAACAACAAAACAAUAACAGUCAAAAGCCAAAGGAACGUUUAACAAUAUUUGGUUUUAGUAAAAAAUCCAAAUCUUUAGAUGAACAAAAAUUAGCAAAAAAGGACAAUAGCAAAAGCCAUGAAAAGUCAGAUAGUGCUACCACAGAUUCAGGAUUCCCCUGUCAACCCACACCUGUACCCAUAGGUACACCACCCAGACACAAUAAAUUUGUUAAAAGUUCUUCCAUAUCACGUCUUCUGGGCAAUACCUAUAAUGCCAAAAAAUUCGACAAAGAAGAGAAGAAGGUGGCAGCGGGUAAAUUUAAUACUUAUGGCGGUAGACGUCGUUCAAGCGGUCCCUAUUUGGAACGUUUCAAACGUUAUGCCAAAGAUGAUGCUGAUGUCGCAUCACCUCCAGUUGUGCUAAUCGAGAAAACAAUGACCAAUUCCGAUACAUUAGACAGCGAAAUGUUGGCUUUGGAACAUUUUCAUGAACCACGUCACGAUGAUUUGGGUUCCAAGGCUAUGCGUACCAUAUCCAGAGGUUUGGGUAAACUGUGGUGGAAACGUACACAUAGUGUAGAUAUUAGUUCACCGGAUCCGGAAUUUAAGGUGUCAUAUUUGGGCAAUGUUUUGACGGGAUGGGCAAAGGGCGAAGGUUGUGUGGAGAAACAGCUAAAUACGCUGUGGCGCAAUUAUACGCAAAACAAUAAACCCGACGUAAUAAUGCGCCUAAAAGUAUGUGCCUCUGGUUUGAAAGCAACAACCAGACAACACGGACUAACAGAAUAUUGGGCCAAUCGUAUCACACAUUGCUGUGCACCAAAGAACUAUCCACGCGUCUUCUGUUGGAUUUAUCGUCAUGAGGGACGUAAGCUAAAACACGAACUGAGAUGUCAUGCUGUUUUGUGUAGUAAAGAGAAACAAGUACAAGAAAUCUGUGAUACUUUAAAGGCCAAUCUUGAGUGUGCUCUGCGUGAAUUUAAACGUGAGAAAAUUCUCAAACAGAAUGCUCGCUUAAGUCUUGCUAACGCUGUCUAUGAUAACCCCAGUUUGCCAAGACGUAAGAUUCUACUGAGUGUGGGCAGUAAUAACUAUCGUCCGCCCUUGGAAAGAUCAAAAUCGGCACCCAAAUUAAUGGCCAUUGAAGAGGCCAUAGGCGAAGAGGGAGAGGAGGUGGAAGAGACCAAUGAACCUGAAAUGAAGCCAUGCUGUCAAAAGGAUUCUUUAUAUCCAGCCAUGACUUUAGGCAGAAGACGUUGCCGUCGUGGUCAUUCCAUACGCAGAACUGGUAAAUUAAGACCGGUAAGCUGUGGAUCCUCAGACAGUCCCUGCUGUGGUGGUAAACAACAACAGCCGCUGGCAUUAAAUGAAACCAAAGAUUUAAAGGAAAUGGAAAAGGUAAAGAAACCGGGAGAUACAAAUUAUGGCUCCGAUGAUUCGGAUGAUUUUGAGAAAAUAUUAAAACACAAUGAUUACGAUACCAAUGCUUCUUUGACCAAUGAAUUGUUGCCCUAUUUCGAGAGACAAUUGAAUAAGAAUAUCAGCAAUAGUUGUGGCAGUUUAAGUGAUUUAAAAGAUGAGCAACAGGUUGGUGGUGCUCACCACGAAGAAGAAGGAGAACCUUUAAGUUUAUUACCCUGUAUAAAUAAUGAUCCCAAUGCUAAUCCUUUAAAUGAUUUCAAUCCCCAUCAUUUGAAUGAACAAACCGAGGAAGAGGAAGCCGAACAAUUGGUUACCAUGAGACGUGCGGGAGUAUGCAGUGAUGGUGAAGAUGAUUUUUUGGGUGAAGAGGAAGAUGAUAUGUACUUCCGUCAGGCGGCCAUUUUGACAAUGCUACAUCGUCAUUCUAUGCGUAAAAUGGCUAAUCUAUCGCUGAGUAGCGAUGAGGGCAGCAGUAGUUUGGAAACCAAUUCCAGUGGUGUUAUGGAAACUAGAUAUAAACAUCAACAGCAGUCUUCUAUAUCAUCUGAAGCCUCUUCGGCUUCUUCUACUCCCCAACAGAGUGCUAGCAAACGUAUAAGUAAUGAUAGUGCUGAUGAGGGUUCCAUAUCUAGUGGUUGUGAGACCGCCAGCACGGUAACCAAUAAUCAAGAUGAUAUAUCUUUGAAAUAUAGACAAGCUCUCAAACAAUUUUCUAACGGUGAGGUUGUACAUGACCUCGAAGAGCCCUCCUCUUUGGAUUCCAACUCCCUAACAAAUGAGGAAAUCUUUGAAUGUUUACAGAAACGUAAUAACAGUGAUGCCGCCACCACCUUUAGCAGUUCCAGUUCUAUAACUCUCAAAAUGAGCUCCUCCCCCAGAGACUCUCUAAGUGGCCUUAAUCUAACCGAACAGAGUCCAACAUUAUCGUGCACAAAUAGCAGUAUAUCAUCAGUACAACGUCCCAGACGUUCUAGACGUCAACGUGAUGUUAAACAAGAUUCAGAUUCCGAGUGCAGUGAUGAAUCGGGUUAUGUCGAGUAUCAGGAGAGAGAAAAGUGUAAGAGUAAUAAUAACAAUAGUAGUAGUAAUAGUAAGUUAGAACAACCAAAGCCUCAAUUACCUAUAAAGCCUCAAAUACCACCAAAACCUAUGCCACGAAGAUUUAUCAAUAUACAUAAUAAUACUACAACAACUAUACCUACAACAACAACGGUUUAGGGAUUUGUUAAUUACAUUGUUUUAUUUCUGGUUAGUUUAGCAAAGUUUAUAACCAAGUAAAAGUUUUAAAGAGAGUAAGAGAGAGAUACAAAGAGUAGGAUUUCUUUUUACAGCCAGAAGUUGGCUGCAUUCUCUCCCUCUUUUAAAGAUUUAACAAUUUUAAAUAAUUGCAACAAUUUUGAAAUAUUUUCUUUUAAAAAAACUAAAAAGAAACUAAACGUUUCUUUGCAAAAUAAUAUUUCUAUGAAAAAAACUUUGAAAUUCUUUAAAAAUUAGUGUUAAACGUUACAUUUCUACAAAUUUUCUUUUAAAAACUCUUACAACUUCUCACAUUUUUCAAUUAAAGUUUUUAAUUCCUUUCUAAUCGAACUUUUACAACAGUGAUAUUGUAUUGUUUUUACAAAAAAAAAAAAUAACAAACCAACAAAAACAACUUAAAUUUAAAAGUCCUCAUCAUCCCCUUGUGCUUAUAUAUAUAUUCAUUAAAAUACUUAACAUUUAGUGCCUUAAAAAAUAUAUCUUUUUAGAAAAUUUUUUAUUUUAUAAAAGAAUUUGUUGAAAAUUAUUAUAAACAUUUAUAUUAAUUAAAAACUAAACAAUAUUAU